CCAACUUCUUCCUUGUGAGAGAAGAUAACUGCACACUCAAACAUCGCAGGAAGCUGAAUAUGGCUCUGAUGUCGGAUGAGAGCGGCGGAGAAGCUCUGACGGCGCUGCUGCUGUCUUGCGUUGCCCUCCUGCUCUCCGCCCAAGUCUGGCGUUGGCUCCAGCAGCGUCCGCUCCUGUGCGUACCGGGCCCGUUCGCCUGGCCCGUUGUCGGGAACGCGGUGCAGCUCGGGAGCGCGCCGCACUUGUACUUCAUGCGCAUGGUGGAGAAAUACGGCGACGUCUUCCAGAUCAAACUGGGCUCCAAAAUCGUGGUGGUCCUGAACGGGAGCGCCAUCAAGCAGGCGCUCAUCAACCAAGGCCCGGAGUUUGCCGGGAGACCGGACUUCGCCUCCUUCCGGUACAUCUCCAACGGCGACGGGAUGGCCUUCAACACCACGUCGGACUGGUGGAAGAUGCACCGCAGGGUGGCCCACUCCACCGUCAGGAUGUUCUCCACGGGGAACCAGCUGACCAAGACCACCUUCAAGCAUCACAUCCUGUGCGAGUUCAAGGAGCUUCUGCACCUUUUUCUUACCAAGUCCGAGGACAGGCGACACUUUGACCCCAGGACCUACCUGGUGGUGUCCACCGCCAACAUCAUGAGUGCCGUGUGUUUCGGGAAGAGGUACUUCUAUGAGGACGCCGAGUUCAGGCAGGUGGUGGGCAGGAACAGCCAGUUUACUGAGACCGUGGGCGCCGGGAGCAUCGUGGACGUGAUGCCCUGGCUGCAGUACUUCCCAAACCCCAUUAAAACCAUGUUUGACAACUUUAAGACCCUCAACAGGGAGUUUACCGACUUUAUCAUGGAUAAAGUGAGAGAACACAGAAAGAGCAUCCAGUCCAGCACCACCAGGGACAUGACGGACGCUCUCAUCGUGGCCUUGGACAGACUGCACUAUAAAAGUGACUUUUUGUCGGAUAAAGACUUUGUCUCGGCGACUGUUGCAGAUAUUUUUGGUGCGAGUCAAGAUACGUUGUCUACAUCCCUGCAAUGGAUCAUCCUCAUCCUUGUCAAGUACCCUGAGAUACAGCUGCGUCUCCAGAAAGAAGUGGACAAGGUGGUGGACCGCAGCCGUCUCCCGUCUAUCGAGGACCAGUCUCGGCUGCCCUACGUCAUGGCCUUCAUCUACGAGGUGAUGCGCUUCACCAGCUUCGUGCCGCUCACCAUCCCCCACUCCACCACCGCGCACACCUCCAUCAACGGAUACAGCAUACCCAAGAACACGGUUGUGUUUGUGAACCAGUGGUCCUCCAAUCACAAUCCCACCAUCUGGUCCAACCCAGAGCACUUCGACCCACAGCGUUUCCUGCACCCCAAUGGCGACCUGAACAAAGACAUGUGCAACUUUGUGCUUAUCUUCUCCAUGGGAAAGCGGCGCUGCAUCGGCGAGGAGCUGUCCAAGUUCCAGCUCUUCCUCUUCACAGCCCUGCUGGCCCACCAGUGUCACAUUAGCACAGACCCAACCAGAUUGCCCGACCUGGGCUACACCUACGGUCUGACUCUGAAACCCAACCCUUUCUUGAUAACGGUCUCGCUGAGGGAUGACAUGAAGCUGCUGGAAGAUAUAACCAGUCAGGUUUUCGCUGAGGACAUCAAGGUAGAUCCCUCAGACUCUUAAAAAACAAAACAAAGGAGAGUAUGAAUGGGGGAAAAUAAACUAAAUGUAGGAUUCAGCAAAACGUGUACUUGGUGUGUGGAAUAAAACGGGAUAUCGGGUCAGUCACAGACUCAUGACUCUGGACAUUGUAGCUCACAGGAAGAGUCUUCAUCUCAGGGGAGGACAAGAUGGACGUGCAGACAAGCCAGUGUGCUCCUGUUGUUGUUGUUACUUUAUAGACAAUGUCCACUUUGCAGGAGUCCUUCUAAUGCAAGCUCCUGCCCAACAGUGGCAAGCAAGCACAUACUGUAAGUUCAGGGAGUAUUUCUUAGUCCUCAUGACACAUGUCAGUAGGUCUACUUUGUGCCAAUCAAUCAUGUCAAAGUUUAUCUGGAGUAAGUUCUACGUGAUGCCAAAAGUAAACUGAUUUGAAAGCUACAAAGAGCCGUUGUGUGCACGCAUGCAAUUCCUUUCUAUAACUUGUACAGUGGAAUCUUCUUAUUGCGAAUUAAAAGCUCCCGCUAAAGUCCACCUUGACAAACACCGUCGAUGGCUUUUGUCGACGUACCAUUUUGAGUGCCAAAGUGGUCAUUUCUGUCCAUUUAUGCUUAACUUGAUGAUCACAAACUAGCAGCAACAUAACUGCUGUCUAUUUAAGCUACACGACAUCAAAACAUGCACACAGGGACUUCCUGUUCAAUGCAAAAUAAGCUUCAAAAUAAAAACCUGGGAGUUUUAACAUGGGUUCUACCACUGCGACUUAUUCUUGCCAGUUUGUUAGCCAUCAAAUGAAAGAUAUGCACAUGGUGUUGUCCUCGUAACAUACAACCAAAUUAGAGCAGCAGCUGUGUUAGAUAAGAGUACGAUAUAUCAUCUUAAUUUACAGUUAUGGAUACAAAACUAUUGUCUAAGAUAAGGAGGUAUUAUUCCAAGGAUGCUUACAUUUAGGUGACAACAAAUAAAACUACUACAAUUUCAUUAAAAAAAUUAUAUAUUUUACAAAAGAACUGCAACGAACGACUAUUUUGAUGGUCGACGAUCUAGUCAUCGUCUAUCUUAGCGAUUAGUCGACUAAUAAUAUUAUGAAGCUUACACGACACCAUUCAGUGGAUCUAAUUUAGCCACUGGCUUUUAAAUUCAGAUUGACAUAUUUUUAGGAAUGUGCUAAGCAACAAUAAAGAUGGCUACUUUAUUCAGAAAUAUGAUCAAAAUUCUACAGACCCCACCUGAUGACAAUGUGAAACGUUUUUUUUUAUUUUGCAUAUGUAUUAAAAGUUAAAAAUGCAUUCAUCUUAGUCUAGUCAGGGAGGUGACCAAGAACCAGAGGGUCACUCUGUCAGAGCUACAGCAUUACUCUGUGGAGAGAGGAGAACCUUCCAGAAGGACAACCAUCUCUGCAGCAAACCACCGAUCAGGCCUGUAAGGUAUAGUAGCCAGACGGAAGCCAUUUCUUAGUAAAAAGUUUACUAAAAUGCACGUGAAAGACUCUCAGACCAUUAGAAACAAAAUUCUCUGGUCUGAUGAGACAAAGACUGAAAGCCAGGCAUCAUGUUUGGAGGAAACCAGGCACCACUCAUCACCAGGCCAAUACCAUCCCUACUGUGAAGCAUGGUGGUGGCAGCAUCAUGCUGUGGGGAUGUUUUUCAGCGGCAGGAGCUGGGAGACUAGUCAGGAUAGAGGGAAAAAUGAAUGCAGUAAUAUACAGAGACAUCCUGGAUGAAAACCAACGCAACCUGAUGGAGCUUGAGAGGUGCUGCAAAGAGGAAUGGGCAAAACUGCCUAAAGAUAGGUGUGCCAAGCUUGUGGCAUCGCAUUCCAAAAGACUUGAUACUGUAAUUGCUGCCAAAUAUGCAGCAACUAAGUAUUGAUAACAGGCGGUGAAUACAUAUGUACAUGUGACUUAUUCGUUUUUUAUUUUAAGAGAGAAACCUUUUCAUAUUGUCAUUAUGGGGUAUGGUCUGUAGAAUUUCAAGGAUAAAAUGAAUUAUAUUUUGGAAUAGGGCUGUAACAUAAAAUGCGGAAAAGUGAAGUUUUGUGAAUACUUUCUGGAUGCACUGUUUCAUAUGUUUCCCCAAAGACAUUUUCAAUUCAAAUGCAACCAGCAAAGAUGGUUGUGU